CCAGUAACAGAAGUACCCCAGGGAGGUGUCCCUUUCCUGUUUAUUCCUGGGAUCCUACACAGCAAGAUCACAGGAUCCCAUACCAAUAUCAAAGUGAUGGCAGUCUGCUGUGGAAAAUGGCAACCCACCAGCAGCCCUCUACCUGGGUUCGGAGGAGGAAAGGAGCAGGCAGCCGCAAAAAGAACCUGACCUUUUCCUUUGUGGAGAAUAUCGCCCUGAUCCAUGCAGUGGUGCCCUUCUGGGCCGAUCUGUACGGGGAACGGGCGCCCUAUCACACAUUUGUCGAAAAGGCGGCCAUGUGGGAACAAGUGGCGGCAGCCGUCAACAGCAUUUCGCGACAAAUCAGGACGGCCCAGCACUGUCGCAAGCGGGUGUCGGUCAUUAAGAGGCAAAUCCGGUUCAAAUAUAUACAACAUCGGGAUGCCAUUGAGAGGGCAGAAGGAGGAGAAGCUCCAAGGCCUCUGGUCCUCCUCCCAUAUGAGAAGGAGAUGAUGAGUGUCAUAGGGGAGGAGCUGAUUACCGGGCUGGGGGGCGAUUUAGACACAGAUCGUCCCGUUCAACUUCCAACAGAAGAAAGGGGAGUAGCAGACACCUUCUCAUCCGCUGCACAGUCUGGUGAUAUCCUAACUCCUGGCCACGAGGAAAUAGAGGCCCUGGACUUGGCCCCAGCUCAGAUUCUUGGAGAAGCAUCAUCAUCUAGCCCAUCAGGGGAGGGUUUAAUGGACCUAAGCCAGGCUCCAUCAAGUUUAGAGCCCCAGGAUGUGACACCCCCAAUCCCAGAGUUGCCCUCACAAGCAGUACCAGUGUUUUCUCCCAACUAUGAUGGAGAGGAUGCCUCCAUUUCCUCCCCUGCUCCCUCCACCCAAACCCCUCCUCAUCAGCUGGAAGGCGCAAGUCUUCUCCAGUGCUGCAUGGAUACUCAAGCACAGCUCAUUCAGGAGCACCGUCGGGCACGACGCAGCCUCAACCUCUUGUACAGGGAACAAAGGCGCCACCAUCUUGUUGCUGAGCGGGAAAACCAUCGCAAUCACCUUCGGGCAGAGCAGGAGGCAAUCCGUCAUCACACCCGUAUGGAGGAGGAAGCAGCUGGGUUGACCUGUGCCGUCCGCCAGCUGGUUGCCAUUUUUGGGGGAGGAAGCUCACAGAUAGACCCUGGCCAACUCCAGGUCACUGCUCAGUUAUUGCGUGCCCACAAGAGUGCUAGAGUAACACAUAAUAGGGGAAGGCCUAGCAAGGGAGGCUCAAGUGCAGGAGUUUCUACUUCCAAAGGCCAGCCAGCAGAAUAG